CCGCUUCUGUCGUCUGUCUGUCAUCUGAGCGGCGGGAAGACGUAGAGGGAAGGAGGAGGACAGGGGAAGGGACGCGAUGUCGGUACUGUGGGAGAAGAGCGAGACUUGGAGAUGGAUAGUCCGGAGGACGAGGGAUUCGAAGCGGUUCUUCUUGGCCUUCGCCACCGUCUGCGGCGUCAUCCCCGGAAUCAUCGGCUAUGGGGUCAUGCAGCUCACCAGCACCCGCACCGAGCAGCUCGAGGCCGAGCUCCGUAAGAAGGCUCGUCCCGAAACUAUGAUGAUGGGCCAAGUGAACCGAGAGAGGCUAGCAGAAUACCUUGGGGAGCUCCAACGCAAGGAAGACACUAACGACCGAUAUGUGGCUGCCCUGAGGGGUGAGACAUUGACUCGGAACCCUUACCAAAGAAUUCAGCCGGUUCCACAGCAGAACGCCACGUCUGAAGAAGCGAAAGUCCCGCAGCAGAACGCCAAAUCUGAAGAAGCGAAAGCCAGCAAGGAACAGAAAUAGAUUCAUAAGUCUGUUCAGAGGAGGAUCUUUGCAUAUUGAGGAUGCUUACUGCUCGGGUUUCUCGACUUUGUUUGUUUAUUGUUCUUGUAAUGGUUGAUUGUGUCCAUUCCCGUUUUCAGCAACUGAUCAGGAUUUGCUGGUCUCGUAUUAAUUUUGAUGUGUAGUACGCACUCGUGACCGUUUGGUCCGGAAGGCCAGAGGAUCCUCUUAGCACUGUUCGAUCGGGUAAACGUCAAAUGGGACGAGGGCUAUUUGUGCGUGCUGUGUGAACAA